AUGGUCAAUGCAAUUUUACAUAAAAGUCAUAAAAUAUCUGAGAGUUUUUUACAUUGUAAUGCAACACAAGGUUUAACGACACCAGUAUUACUCAAUGUUUCAACAAAAGAUGUUAACAAAAAAACCUUUAUUGUGGUUGCAUUCGUUAAUAAAGCAACUCAACAACCCAUAUCACCCCCCACGAUUUUAAAUGCUUGCACUAGAAGUGAAAAUAAUGAAUGUCUAAUUAAAGCUGGUGAAAAAUUUAAUCAAACGUUGGAAGUUAAACUUCCAAUUAAAAAAACUAAUGCUACUGAUAUUUCUUUUAUUCCGGUCAGGACUAAAAUUUAUUGUAGACCUGACACUGGUCAUUCACAUCGUCACGAGGAAUUAAUUGUACAAAUCAUCUGA